AUGUCGCUAAGUCAUCGCAAAAACCACCACAAACUAUGUUUCGACUUCAAAAAGAAACAUCCGCCAUCUAAACCAUCCCAUCGCGACGUAUAUGCUAACAUGAAUGUUGCAAGUGACAGUGAUACCGACUCGUCCCCUAAUAUUCCCCUGUUUAUCCUAGAGUUGAACGAGAAGGUGGAUCAACAGCAGAAACCUACGUCGAAGUUUUACGUGCACGAGACCCCGAAGUAUCUAGAACCUCAGCCGGGUACCACUAAGGAACUGGCUAUUGGAAGCUUGGUAGAGAUCUCUAAUGACGUAGGUGUGGAGUUAGAAGAGGAACAGUCUCAUCUGCCUUUAAUGUUGACAGAUGGAGUGCAUAAUGGAGAAAGAUAUUUUAAGUGCUCUGAAAAAGGGCGCUAUUCGUACCUUUGGACCAAUGCAGUAAGGAUUCAAGGUUUCAGGAUGGAAAUCCUACACCUGUCAGUCAGCCUUCUGCAGCUGAACACAUCAAACCACUUAAUCGAAGAAGGAUGGUCAAUCCGUGCUAUAGCGCAGUUGUAUAAUAGCAAUAAAAAAACCAUAUUGAAAAUUAAGCAACGCUGGGAACAGGAAGAUUCCCUAAAGAGGAAAAUUGGUUCAGGUCGUCCCAAACUUACCAACCCUGAACAGGAUGCUGCUUUUUUGGGAUAUUUAAGAAAUAAUCCAUUUGCAACUGUAAGGGAUGCUGUUAUUGAUACAGCAUUUCCUGCCUCCCAACCUACCGCCAGCAGGAGAGUAAUGAAAUCUGAACUAAAAUGUCUCCCUGCUGCGAAAAAAAAAUGUUUCUUAACGAAGAACGGCGACAAUCAAGGAUUAUUGUUGCUUUAA